GUGCAGGUAUAGUCAUCGGUCACUGACCUAGUCUUGAUCACACGGUGUCGAGGCCGGCGUAUGGAGGUGAACGCCGUCACUACUCGAUGCGCCUUGCAGUGACGGUCAAUCCGAGUCAAUGAUUGCAAUGCGGCAUCGAACUUCGAACAUGGGGGCCAUCGUUCUAUAACGACGAGGACUCGGAUACGCUAAAUUGUGAUCAUCCACAGCUAAACGUCAAUGUUAGACUGCGUUCGGUGCAUACCUGUGCGUAUGUAUACAAAAGUCAAGCUCGGUAAAUUUAGACACAAUGGGAAAACACAGCCACAUUGGCAGCUCUCAAGCCGAACGAACCGUCGCUGACAUUCAUCUUGUCGGAAUUACCGCCUACUUCUCUUAUUUUUCCGGUCAAAGGCUUGACAGUCUGCUUCAUCAUGGCUGUUGAACCAUUAUUUGGGACGAGAGCCCAAAAGGCUUUCAUGAUCACAAUCGCAGUCCAGGCCAUCGUGGUGGUAACUAUGGUUGCAUUGACAUUCGGAAUAGUUCGAGUCAACGCAGGAUCGACCUUUGAAGACCUUGGGUACAAGACAUUGCCAUGCUACUUAGCUCUUUUUAUCCUCGCAGAGAUAUUUGAAUUAAUAAUGGCACUCGAUGCUCUACGGUCACGGAAUAUUAUCCAGCUCAUGGGGAUCGUUCUCUUCCAUGGAGCUCUCAUCGUCUUUUCUGCUCUUCAAAUUCAUGAGACCCACGUCGCUAUAUUUAAUUGCGUACCUCCUUGCGUCAUAGAUACCAAUCAUCUAUGGAAUAAGGUUCAAGGAUUCCUAAUCGUCUCUCCCUGCAUAAUUGCUGCGUCGUGGCUCUUUUUGAUGUUUUGGAUCAAGCAGCUAUAUGAUGAAUUCGGAUGGGUUAUCUUCCAUGUCGUUGGAGCAAACCCAAAAUUCAAGUCGAUGUAUCAAUUCUAUCAAAUCUUCAUAUGCUUACUUAAAUUCGACUUCUUCUGUUUCGUGGGGGUGACCAUGCAGCUUCUCAUCGUUGUUCUCAGCGGGAGUUCCGCUGAAUUUGGUGUCACUAUCGCUGCGAUUCCCGUCGUGUUGUUACUUUUGGCCGGUUGCGCACGCGCUGUCAAGUAUGAAGUCAAAUGGUUGAUGACCAUGGCCCUUAUAUUGAUGGUGGCUGCGAUGACCUAUUUCUUGUACAAACUCGUUCGCUUCUAUGAGCCUUCCUCUGAGGCCCAGUACGUUUCAACUCGCGCCACAUUAACCGUCUUCACCGUCACCGCCUUCCUGCUCGUCUUAGCCUCGUUCGUGAUCGGAAUCAAGUGUUUACGUGACUUCGACAAGGGACUCCUCGAGUCCAAGGCGCAUGGUCAGUCUUACACCCCUGUCAAGACGCACGUUAUGGACGUGUUUCGAAUGGAGCGCCAGUCAUCAUAUUCCCCAGGCGGUGUUCCUCUUCAGCAACAGAUAUCCAUUGAGUGAUACUUGUCUCAUAUUUAACCCAAACUUCACAGUGACUGGGAGACUACGAUCAAGAGGAUAUGGAUAGGAGGAUAUGGACAGGAUGUGCUCUGCAUAUGUAAAGAUCCGUUCUUCAGCUGUGAAGAGGAUCUCUUUUGUUUUAUUUA